CAUGUACGUGCAGGACAACGGCUAAAGCCUGGAGACUCAGUCUUCGGAGAACUGGCAUUGGACCAUGCCAAUCUAGUGCCCUACUGCGACUGGUGCUGGCGGUCGAGGCCAGAGUUUGCGAUACAGAUAUGUCAGAGUAGGUUCACAUCGUCUUCGUCCUCUUCAGGUGGUCCUAGUAGCUCCAGCAGCUCUUGUUCUAGAGGCAAUGCUCAACGUGUUGUCUACCGUGUGGAAACUAAUGACGAUGGUGCUGGAAGGAUAGCACUCGCAAGCGGCGACAAUUCGACAAGCAAUACCACUACGAGUCGAACGCCAGCGACCUCUUCUAACCAAGUGGUAAAGCUGAGACCCUGUCCACGUUGCAAGCUCUCGUGGUAUUGCGGGAAAGAGUGUCAAGCUGCCGCCUUUCAUCAUGGUGGCCAUCGAGAAGAGUGCAGGCUUCUUUGUGGGGGUGGAACUACUUCCACGAAUGGUGGUCAACAUAGCAGUUCCUCCUCAUCUAAAGUCUUGGCCCAGGAUGAGGACAAUGCCUUAAACACGGCGAAUAGACGAUUAGCGUGCCGGCUACGUGCAAGGUUUAGGGAAGAGAAAGACGACGACGACAAGAAAACCUUGAAGUAUGC